AUGGCGGACUACGCUUCGUUUGUCCAAUAUGUGCUCCGCGUUGACGAACUGUUCAGCGACGUAGAGGACUGCGUGGGCAUACCGCGGCCACUCUUGAGGGACAGGUCGAACCCCAUGGAAGAUUUCACGGACAGCGAAUUCCUCGCGCGCUUCCGUUUCACGAAGAGCAGCGUGAAAAAGCUGCUCGAGUGCUUGCCCCUUGAGGAGAGCUGCAGCAACCGUGGCCACCCUCUUCCACCGAUGAUACAGCUUCUGAUUGCGCUGCGCUUCUAUGGAGCGGGCACAUUUCAAGUUGUGGCGGGCGACCUCGUGAAUGUGUCACAGCCGACUGUGAGCCGCGUUAUUGAACGUGUGUCGCGGCUGAUCGCCACGCACUUGUUCCCGGACGUCGUGCAGUUCCCCAACUCUGACGACGGGUUCCGCGAAACGAUGGUGGGGUUCUACCGCAUCGCCAAAUUUCCUGGGGUGACAGGGUGCAUAGACUGCACCCACAUCCGCAUCAAAUCGCCUGGUGGGCCGGACGGAGAAGUGUACCGCAACCGGAAGGGCUACUUCUCGAUAAACGUUCAGGUGAUUGCAGGGCCGAAGCUGCAGUUUUUCGACGUCGUCGCAAGCUGGCCUGGAUCCGUGCACGACAGUCGUAUAUUCGACAACAGUCGUGCACGCGUUCUCUAUGAGACGAAGCGAGUGCCGGGUCUCCUGCUUGGCGAUGCUGGCUACCCGUGCCUCUCCUUUCUCAUGACCCCGACGGCUGACGCGCCGCCGGACAGCCCAGAGAGCCGGUAUCAAGCAGCUCACAUCCGCACCCGAAACACCAUCGAGAGAGCCUUUGGUGUGUGGAAGCGUCGCUUCCCGUGUUUGGACAUGGGGCUGCAGCACCUGGCAGAGCGUUCUGCUGUCAUCACAACAGCCUGUGCUGCCCUGCACAACCUGGCAGUCCUCAGACAGGACCCGGAACCACCAGCUGUCGUGAUACCACAGCACUUGAGGCGGCCGCAGCCUGAUGUGGCAAACCAAACGGACACGUUGCUCGGUUCGCGAUGCCGAACGCGGCUGAUCGCUCGCGCAUUUAACUAAUGAAUUAAUUUAAUGUCACUCUGUUCUACUGAGAUGACAAACAACUUCAGCCAUGUAUGUGCACGUUCUAGGGGGUGUUGUGAAGUUCGUGGCUUCGUCA